UUCUUUGUGUGAUUAUGGAGAAAAAAGUGCGUCACUCGCAUUAUUUGAAGACCCCCUUAUCUUUAUAGAGAAGAACACAAACACACCGAGAUUACAUAGCGAAUUCUCUCUUGGUGAAAAGAAAACAAACACACAAUGCUACUAAAGAGAUGUCUAAUUGAAGCCUUGAAAGAAUAUUUAAAUAUUCACACAAAAACCAUUCAGUUGCACGAACUUUAUCCAAAUUAUUACAAUUGCACACUGUGCACAUGGGAGGCAAAGACGAGCAAUUUUCGGCAAGAUAACGUGAAAAUUACCAUUUCGCCACUAGUCGAAAAUAAGCAUUAUUAUGUUGGAAAAUGUAGGGAAAUAAUAGGGAACAAGAGCAUUUUCCCACUUCCCAAGUGCCUCAAUUCCACAACCCAAUGUUCAACCUUCAUUCGGAGGAAAAAAGGAAAUGUGUUGAAAUGUAAUAAUAGGAAUUAUCACCUGUAUUUAUCCAUUAUUAUUGUUCCCUAUUUUGCUCAUCCCAGAAGAAAAAACGAAAACGAACACAAAACAAGACACAAAAACAUUCCAUCAGUAAGCAAACAUGAGUCAGAGAGUGAAAGACCUUCUCUUGGUCAACGUGAUCACAUAUAUUGUGUCCCUUGCAAGCCUGAAAUAACAUCCAAUGAUGUGAACAUGAGAAAAGCCAUUAUGGCUUUAAUUAGACGCUCAGAUCACUUUGGAUGGCACAAUAGAGCCUUUAAUCAUUUUUCCUGGCAGAAAUUCGGAUUCUAAGCAUCAAAAUUUAUCCUUUGGUUUAUUCAAAAGCCUUCGCAUAAAAUCAACUUUUUUCUGAAUACCAGAAGAAUUUUUGUAACCUAACUCGAACUCUUUGUUGUGCUCAUUUUAGAACUUCACGCUUUUUCCCUGACAAAUACUUAUUACAGAUCCAUUGCACAUUCACUAGUGAAGGUCUGUCAGGUCAUUAGACUGUCUGCAAAAAGGCACAUCCAAACGGUUUCACCGGCCGGUGGACACGAGCAUUUUCGGUCAGGUGCAAUUUAUGUAAAACACGUGCCCCUGCACGGUAAAUAAAGCGAGAGAUAGCGACAAUAUGUAAGGAGCAAUGUAUCGUUCCCACCAUCGCAUUUUAAUACAUUAGUGCCAGCAAUAAUACACCUAAAGCACUUUAUCCAUCGCCUCGAAUUUCAUAUUGUGCUGUAAAUAGAGAGUGAGAGGUGGGCUGAUAAAGUGAGACGAAUAGACACACCGUUGAGCAUAAGAGUCACAGACAUUUCGGUAAAUUCUCAUACAACAAAUUAGUCAGUCGUCCAGCAACUUUAGUCCGAAAUUACCGCUCGUUGAGAAGGCAUUGCUGGAUGAGGAAAUAGUUUGCUAUUAUCGUGCAAUUGUGAAAUGGAAGGAGAAGAAUGAGUGUGAUAAAACAUUCUCCAAAAGACAUUUUCUCCACGAGACAAUUCUAUUUUAUCACAUUGCCACUAAUUUGUGGGGGUGCUUAAAAAAGUUCUGCAUAGAGAAGGGAAGAAAAGUUAGUGCCUGUGCCAUUUGGAGACUAUCUCUCUCGCCCGUUUAGACGCCUUUUUUCUGUCGGGACAACUCUUGAACUAUUCCUCCUCGCCCACCCGAAAAAAGGAGAGGACAUAGCAUAAUCCAGAGGAUAAUUGUGGUGGAGCAAAAUCAUUUAUCACCCUCUCUCGUGUGACCCCUUAAUUUCGACUCAUUUGUAUCCAACGCACGCCACCAUGUGGACUCGAGGUAUGCGUUCCAGAAACGAUAAUAUUUCAGUUAUGACGCUGGAGGAGUCGCGACGAACGCAGAGACCGUAUCGCUAUGGAAUGAUACUCCUGUGCUUUGGCGCUCUGGCCAAUUGGCUCGGUCUUGCCGAAAACUACUCAGAUCCCAUAAGAUACUUGGGAGUAGCGUGUAUCAUAGCCGGAGCACUGCUAAUAUGUACGGCCAUGUGCUGCUGGCUCCACACUCCGCCGCGAACAGGCACAUCGGAUGACGUGAGAAUCUACCGUGAACCGGAUUUAACCCCAUCGCGACCGACUCACAGGAGUUAUGUGUUCUUUUCCCUCUUGCAGCACACACAAGAUCCUUCCGUGCACGUCAUUGGCGGCGUCUCGGAUGAGAAUCGCCGCGAAAAGCCGCCCGAUUACGACACAGUGGCCGUCGCGCCGCCCAGCUACGACGACGCCAUAAAGCUCACGCCGGCCGCCUUCCUGCAUCCGCCCCAGACCUCGCCGCUGCCCUCCACGAGUGCCUCCGUGGCCAUCACAAUACCCGCGAGUGAACCCGCGUCGCGGUGAUUGUCACCAAGUCCGGCCAGGAGGCACGCCAAUCUGCGCCCCCCGGAGAAACAGCGCUGUUGAGCAGCGAGUGAUUAGAUCCACGGUGCCGAUACGAGGGUGAAAACACGGACUUUUUACAUCGCGCCACGCCGGAUGAAUUAAAAGUGCGCUUUAAUGGCCAUAUAAAUAUAAUUUUACUGCUUAAUUGUCUCAGCGACGCUGAUCCCUUCCUAUUUAUAGACUCAAAACUCCGCGUGUAGACAAGAGGAGAGGAAUAACUUGCGAGUACUUAACAUUUUACCAUCAAUUGUUCCACACUGCUAAUCAGUGUGGCUUUUCUAGCCUUUAAGUCGUGCACGAAGAGCGCGAGCAAAAAAAAGAGGUGACAAUAGAUUAAAAUCUCGGUGACUUAUGGCUGAAGAGCCACAGCGUCAAUGCAAAUGUACAAAUUACUGCCUUUGGCGCUCAAUCAACAAGUGUUGCCCCGAGAAUUUGCUCAAUUUGCGCCUCCCUCGAACUGAAUUCAGCGCUCUGAAGUUGUGAUUCUUCACCGAGAUUUCAGAACUUUUUACACACACACAACAUGAUUCAGUACAGAGAUUUGGAGUGGCCGGUAAAAUGGCAAGAUUUUUGUCAGAUAAUCACAGCUUCAGUGCGUCGUACGUAAACUGUACUUAUCAAAUUUCCUGUCCUCUUAACAGUCGCACGAAAUACCGCGGAGAAAGAAACUCUAAUCUAGUUGUUUAGCGUAGAUGAUAGAAUGAGUGGAUCUGUGAACUCAUUGGAGUCUCUUCACCAUGUGAUAAUUCAUUAUCAAUAGAUAUUGUAUAAUUUUGACUAUACAUAUUGUAAAUAAACUGCGUAUUUUGAA